CUGAAUGAGCUUCAGUGUUUGACUCGGUUUGACAAGUUUCCCAGCGACGACCAUGGGGGGUUGGUGUGUAUAGCUAGUUGACAUAUCGCUAAAAACGUUUAAGCGCAUCCUAGAUAAGACUUAGACUGAUUUGGGAUCCGAUAGUUUAUCAGAUGUAGGGACGUAAGGCAUAAAGGAUUCUCCAGCUUUCUGAGAUCAGAUAGCACGUCGAGCCAACUCUGUGGUCCAGAGAAUCAGACGAGAGUGAAGAUGAACCGCCUGUCUUUUGACGAUCCUUCGUUGGAUCUGGAUCCAACUUUGUCACUAAAUGACCCCAGUGAAAUUGAUACGGCCCUCUUAAGCGACAUUGAUGACAUGCUCCAGCUCAUCAAUAAUCAGGACAUGGAGUUUGGAGGACUCUUUGAUCCCACUCCCUUUUCUGGGAGCCCUUCCACCCAAGAGAUCAAUGGCUUGUCCCAGACCAUAACUUCUGCUUCUCCUCCAGCUACCACUCCCACACCUUCAUCCACCACCACUUCCUCCAUCCUGAGCAGUAACCCCCACUUAGAUGCCCUGUUGGGCCCGCCCAUCAGCCGUAGCUCCUCAACCCCAGACAAGGCCUUCCAGCCUCCUACAUUCCAGCAGUCUCCCCUGGCUCAGGUACCCAGCUCUGCACAGAGGCAGCAACCGUCCUCGAGCCCACAGGCUCAGAACCUCACACAGCCCCAGAUGGAACAGCCCCAAUCGACCAUAAGUCCGUCUGCCCCUGCGCAGGCAGCAUUACCUCAUGGUUCGCCCGGACCAAAUCCAGCUUUCAGCACCACAACACAGACACUCUUCACAUCCCCAGCACCCCAGAGUCCACCUCAGCCCCAGGCACAAUCUCUGGUCCAGAGCAACUUCAAGAGCCAAAGUACCUUCACGGCUGUCAGCCCCAUCAGUGUGAGCUCUCCUGCCACCAGUUUGUCGUCCUCGCCUCCAAGCGUUCAGCCAGUGGCGAUUCAGACCCAACUUCAAGGGCUGACCACUGCCUCCCCCCUCCUGGCCACCUCAGUAAGCCCUCCAGCUCAGACUAUCACAACCCAAGUACAGCAAGUACCUGUCCUGCUGCAGCCUCAGUUCAUUAAGGCUGAGUCAGUGCUGCUCACCACCCUAAAGCCCGAAUCCUGUAUGGUCACAACUAUGGCCUCUCCCACAUCUCUAGCCACCACCACCAGUGCAGUACAGAGCACUUCCUUGCAGGCCUUUAUGGGUGGGGGCACUAUCCUGACCACCGUGCCUGUGAUGGUGGAUACCGAAAAGCUGCCCAUCAACCGCAUCGCGUUUCCUGGCAAGCCGUUAGGCCAGCCGCACAAGGGGGAGAAGCGCACCGCUCACAAUGCCAUCGAGAAGCGUUAUCGCUCCUCCAUCAAUGAUAAAAUUUUGGAGCUGAAAGAUAUUGUAGCAGGCACUGAAGCCAAGCUCAACAAGUCUGCAGUGCUCAAAAAAGCAAUCGACUACAUCCGCUACCUGCAGCAGACCAACCAGAAGCUCAAACAGGAGAACAUGGCUCUGAAAAUGGCAGCCCAGAAGAACAAGUCUCUCAAAGACCUGGUUGCCAUGGAGGUGGACAGUCAGGCAGAAGUGAAGAGCGAGCUGCCCACCCCGCCUGCCUCUGACGUGGGCUCCCCGACCUCGUUCUCACACUGUGGCAGUGACUCAGAGCCUGACAGUCCAAUGGGAGAGGACACAAAGUCACAAAUGGGCUUGCUGGACCAAUCCACAGCAGGUGGCACGGUCGGAGGCAUGCUGGACCGUUCCCGCAUGGCGUUGUGCACUUUUGCCUUCCUCUUCCUCUCCCUCAACCCGCUGGCGGCUUUGCUCUGCUCACCCGGCAGCACCUCUGCAGGAAACACUGUGGACAUCACCACCCACCAUGCAGGAAGAAGUGUCCUGGGUGUAGAUAUUGCGGUUGAGUCUUGGGGCUGGAUGGAUUGGAUGUUUCCAACCAUAUUUGUGUGGCUGCUGAAUGGCAUUCUGGUGUUGGGAGUUCUAAUCCGAUUGUUGGUUUAUGGAGAGCCCGUAACCCGUCCACAUUCAGGAUCAUCCGUGUUAUUCUGGAGACACCGCAAACAGGCCGACCUGGACCUUGCUAGAGGGGAUUUUGCUCAGGCCAGUCACAACCUGUGGACCUGUCUGAAGGCGCUUGGUCGCCCCCUGCCCACCUCCCAGUUGGACCUGGCCUGUGCAGCGCUCUGGUCCCUGCUGAGAUUCUGCCUUCAGCGCCUCUGGGUUGGCCGCUGGCUUGCUGCGAGGGCCGGAGGUCUGCGCGCCGAUCGCCCCCUGCAGGAGGAUGCGUGCAAAAGCAGCCGUGACGCUGCAUUGGUUUACCACCGCCUGCACCAGCUUCACAUGACAGGGAAGCUGAAUGGUAGCCACCUAUCAGCAGUCCACAUGGCUUUAAGUGCAGUAAACCUGGCAGAAUGUGCUGGUUCAUGCCUGCCUGUCGCCUGUCUGGCUGAGGUCUACGUCUCUGCGGCUCUACGAGUCAAAGCCAGCCUGCCAAGAAUCCUGCAUUUUACCUCUCGUGUGUUCCUGAGCAGCGCCCGUCAGGCAUGCCUGUCAUCCAGCGGCUGCGUGCCUCUGGCCAUGCAGUGGCUCUGUCACCCGCUCGGCCACCGCUUCUUCGUGGACGGGGACUGGGCCAUUCGAAGCACGCCUAAAGAAAGCAUCUACAGUCAGGCAGGCAACACUGUGGACCCUCUGGCCCAGGUGACUCAGGCUUUUAGAGAGCACCUCCUUGAAAAGGCUCUUUAUAGUGUUGCCCAGCCGCAUGGAGAGAAGGAUCCUAGCCAGGCUGAAGGGGAGUACGCCGAUGCCUUGGAGUACCUCCAGCUGUUGAUUAAUGCAUCAGAUGCCGCCGGUGCCGCCUCCCAGUCAUUCGCAAUCUGCUCCAACAUGGCUACUGUGACUGGCAGCGACCCCCACUCCAAGUGGUGGUCCUCGGUUGCCAUAGUGAUCAUAAACUGGCUUCAAGGAGACGAUGCUGCAGCAGAGAGGCUCUAUCCAACCGUGGAGCACCUGCCCCGCAGUCUGCAGAAUGCAGAGAGUCUUCUGCCCAAAGCUUGUCUUAACACAUUCAGGGCAGUCAGAGGUCUGCUCUCCAAGCCAGAAAACUGCCAGCUGAGUCUGAGCCACACUGACAAGGCCAGCGCCCUGCUCCGAGACAGCCUCAACCUGGGACCACACUGCCACAGCUCCAGCUUAGACAAGGUCGUCGAGUUGAUGGUGUGCGAUCUCCUGCUGGUUUUGAGGACCAACAUCUGGCGUUUGCAGCAGCAUGGGACAUGUCCUGCAGGAUCAGGGUUGGUGGGCACCAAUGGUCCUGCCAGCCUUCAUCAAGCAUCUCCACCAGAACUUCAGGGCUUUCAGCAAGACCUCUGUUCACUGCGCAAGCUGGCACACAGCUUCAGGCCUGCCAUGCGAAGAUUGUUCCUUCACGAAGCUACUGCCAGACUAAUGGCGGGGGCCAGUCCAACCAGAACUCACCAGCUACUGGACCGCUCACUGCGGCGCCGAGCAACACCCGGAGCCAAGACAGAGGAGUGCGAGGCGCGGCCCGGCCAACGAGAGCAGGCUCAGGCUGUGAUGCUGGCUUGUCGCUACCUUCCUCCCUCAUUCCUGUCGGCUCCAGGCCAGAGAGUGGGCAUGCUGGCCGAUGCAGCCCGCACGCUGGAGAAGCUAGGAGACAAAAGGACCCUCCAUGACUGCCAGCAGAUGAUCAUAAAACUGGGCAGCGGCACCACCGUCACCAGCAGCUAGAGCGAAGGAGAGGUGGGGGAGGGAGACUUGCACGGACGCUGUAUACUGAAUGACCUCCUAUAUACAAAAGCGCACAUGAACAGGCAGAGGAGAGACUUGCUUCCACAGAAACCUUACAGUCUGUAUUUAAAGUGUUAGCGGAGCAGAUCCUCAGGAUGUUGCUCCUUCUACCUACCAGCCCCCAAAUUUUAAGGCACUUAUAGAGUUCACGCACUCUGUUUCUUCUUAAAUUCUGAUUUAAUGUGACAAAAUAAGAUGCAACUUUUUUCUAUCAGGCCAAACUCUCGUGAGAGCUGAUUGUAGUGUCCCACUUUGACCACAGUGAGGAGCCACCUCUUCCCUGAGGUGGAAGCAAAGAUGUUUUCCCUGCCUUCAUUCAGUAUUGCUCCACCCUCUCUUCUCCUGACUGUUUGGCAGAUCUGCACCUUUUUUCCCCCUUGAAGUCAGAUGGCCCGAUGUGUGGUUGUGGCGGCGUCUCUUUGUUUGCAGGGCAAAAAUGUAUAAAUAAAAAGUAACCAAACUCUGGUUUUGACUGUGAGCUUGUGCAGUGGGAAGCCACUCCACACACUAUAGAAGCUUGAGGUCAUCAGUCCUGUCUGCACUAGCCCUGUGAGGCUGCUCUUUAAUGGAAUACAAUAACAAUAAGGCUUUAUGAAAUUAUUUUCAUAGAUGUUGUGUGUUUGUUUUUGCUGUGUACAUAUUUUACAACAUAUUUAUAAUCUGGAGGAACUUUGAUUAGGCAUUAUUUUGCAUAAGCAUAGUGAUAAAUGGUCAUUUCCUCCCCUUAAAUCCAUUUUAAGUGCUUUUCUUAGACCAGGUUUAGUCGAGUCAUGACUGUACUGCAUAGAUCUGAGCUUGUUGACUUUUUAGGUCUUGGACAAUUAUAAAUAUAUGAUAUCAACAACAGCGUCCUAUGAAGCAAAGCUUUGGCAUUUCUCGAGAUCAUUUGUUGCCCUUUAAGAAACGAUUUCCUAUUUUUCCAUUUCUAACACUAUCAUACAGGAAGAUAUUUGCUCUUUUCCUUAUGGUUUCAUAUUUUGAGAUGAGCCACAUCAUUUAAUGAUGAUGUUUUUAUUAUUUUUUUUAAAGAUUGUAAACAGUUUCAAAGAAAGGUUUGUCAUGUACCAGUAUGUUUUUUACAGUUGGUCAUGUGAAAUCUGAAAAAUGUGGACGUGAAAGACUGAAGCAGCCUUGGUUGAAGGUACUCUUCUGUAACUGACGUUUUUUCCUCCCUUGUAAUAUUGUUUCAUCCUUCUUACAUGUAAAUAUUAAAUCAUUUUGUAAAGAAAA